AUGGCGGACGUUUUGCUGCAGCACAGCCAGCAGGACAACGGGUGGCUAACCUGCCUGUCCCUCUCUGCCGGCUUCCAGUCAGCCGCGGCCGCGCCCUCCGAGCUGCGGUUUGGCUGCGCGCUGUUCGUCCACCUGCCCGUCGGCCUCCCGCUGGCGGGCGCGGCGCUGCAGCUGCGGGACGAGCUCGGGCUGUUCUCGGUCGCGGGGCUGGCUGGGGAGCCGCCGCCGCCGCUGGCGCAGGGGCAGCAAGGGCAGCAGGGGCAGGGGCAGCAGCAGCAGGGGCAGGGGCUAGCGGAGGCCAUAGGAGGGUUGCGGCUAAACGAGCAGUUCGGGCCGCCGCCCUCAGGGGUGGCCAAUACGCCUGGCGAGCAGGAGCAGCAGCAGCAGCAGCAGCAGCAGCAGCAGCAGCAGCAGCAGCAACCGUCCACGAAGCCGCUGGCAGGUGCCACGCUCGAGCCUGGCGCAUGGCGGCACUUCCACUUCGCCUUCACGCCGCGGUGUGUGGGACCGGUAGCCGCCGAGCAGCUGCAGCUCAACCUGAGCCAGCUGGCCUCGGUCAGCUUCCAUCUCGGCAGCUUCCCGCCCCGCCAGCUCAGCCUAGGCGGCGCCGCGUGGCCCGGCGGCGUGCCGCCGUUCCGCGUCGCGACGGCCGUACGGCUGGGGGUGUAUGGGGUGCAGAUUGGGCAUGUUGGGCCCCUGCCCAUCCUGCAGGCCUCGGCACCGCAUUCUGUCCAGCUGGUGGGGGAGCUCGCUCCCGUGGACAUAUCGUUCACGGUGUCGCACGCGCUGGGGCCGUCCACCCUUGAACUCUCCGCCCGUGCCGUGGACGCGACUGGCGCGCCCGCAGCCGCACCGCCGGCGGCGGCCGCCGCCGCGGUCGCCAAUGGCAUCGCGGACGCAGCCGGCGACGGCGGCGAUGGGGCGCCGGGGGCGGCGCCGCUGCUGCAGCUGCUGACCUGGCAGGACGGGAAGCUACAGGAGCUGCCGCUGGACGGCGCGGCCCUCAGCCUGCCGGCAGUCCCCGCCGGCGGCCGCCACUCGCUGCGGGUGUGGCUGCGCGCGUCCGCGGCGGCCGGCGCGCGGCUCGCGGCGACGCUGCUCUGCCCCGCGCCCGUACAGGCUUCGCUCGCGCUGCAGUUCCUCGAGCCGUUUGAAUCCGUGACGCGCCUGUUCUCGGAAACCAACGUGCACUCCCUCGUUGGCCCCAGCCCAGCAUACGAGGCGGGAGCCGCUCCGCUUGGCGCCGCCGCCGCCGCUGCGGGCGCAGGCGCGGCCGUGCCGCUCGUGAUCGGCCAGGCCGUGAUGGCGCAGGUGCUGGUGCGCGCGGCGCAGGCGGCGCCGCUAGACUCGUGA